AUGCAAACAGCCUCUCAAUUAUCUCAACCCAGCCUCUCGCCCACACACUUCUCAACGGAAUCCCAAAACAAGCAAAUUCUGCUCCAUCUCCUCUCCACCGCAAAAUCGUUCAAUCCCCUCUCUUGGGCCAUCGAUCUCCAGCCUCGUUCGCCCGCCCCCGACGACAUCAUUAACCGCACACACAUUGCCUCUGCCCACCGUGCCGCCGUAUGCAUCUAUCUCUCUCGGAUGUUGCUCUCCCUCUACCCACAUGUGCAACUCUCCCAUGAUCUCGAAUCUUUGGUUGAGGACAUCAUGAUGCCUCUCUCAUUCAUCCUCUCAGAUACCGAAAUGUUCAAAGCAAUAGCCUGGCCAGCAUUUGUCGCGGGAGCAGAGACGAGGGAUCCUAAAAGACGGGAGUGGGUGAAGGGCAAAUUUCACGAUUUGUGGGAAGUCCAACCAUGGGGAGUGAUAAGAGGAGCAUUGAAGGUGUUGGAGGAGAUUUGGGAGAGGAGCAAGAGUCGAAAGCCUGUGUUGGAUCUUGAAGGUGAUAUAGUGAAUAAUGAGAGGAGUGGUGGGGAUUGGAUCGCUGAAUUGAGGGUUACGGGUGUUGACUGGCUCAUCAUUUGA